CCGCAUCCACUUUACCGGAUUUCGGUCAGUUCCAGGAUCGUAGAGCAGAGCGGUAGCGGGACCUGGGUCUGAUCCUCGGCCGGGAUCGGAUGUGGUGGACGUGCUCAGCCGAGGAAAGGACAGCGGUUCAACCGACGACGGAGGUAGCUGAGCGUUGUCCGGACGACCUGGCACCUGGACGACCGCGUUGGAUGACCAGGGGAGAUCGUCGGUGAUGGACAAUGAACAACCGCAUCAGGAGCUGGUCAAGUGCGUGGUCGUCGGCGACACAGCGGUCGGAAAGACCAGACUGAUCUGCGCAAGGGCCUGCAACAAGCACGUGUCCCUGUCGCAACUGUUGACGACCCACGUGCCCACCGUCUGGGCCAUCGACCAGUACAGGAUUUACAAGGACGUCUUAGAGCGAUCUUGGGAGGUGGUGGACAACGUGAAUGUCUCGCUGCGAUUGUGGGACACAUUCGGUGACCACGAGAAGGACCGUCGAUUCGCGUACGGCAGAUCAGAUGUGGUGUUGCUAUGCUUCUCGAUCACAAACCCCGUGUCCUUGCGGAACUGCAAAGCCAUGUGGUACCCGGAGAUCCGCAGGUUCUGCCCUCAGACGCCAGUGUUGCUGGUGGGGUGCAAGAACGACCUGCGGUACAUGUAUCGAGAUGAGACAUAUCUGAGCUAUUUCCGGGAUCGCAGUCCUUUCGUCAGAGCGACGAGGAAGAGCGACCUGGUGAUGCCUGAUCAGGCCAGAGCCGUCGCAAGGGAGCUGGGCAUUUGCUAUUACGAGACCAGCGUGUUCACCUAUUACGGUGUAAACGAGGUCUUCGAAAACUCGAUACGCGCCGCGUUGAUCGCCCGACGACAGCAGCGAUUCUGGAUGACGAACUUGAAGAGGGUCCAGAGACCACUACUUCAGGCUCCUUUUUGUCCGCCAAAACCAGUGCCCCCUGAAGUCUGUCUAGCGGCGAGCACGUAUGAGGAGAAUAUGAAGGCCCUCUGGGCGAAGCCGGUUCACACGGACGUGACCUUGAUCGCCGGAAACUGCACGUUCUCGGCCCACAGGUGUCUCCUGGCCGCUGCGUCUCCAGCGUUCCAUCGGCUAUUCACGAUGGAACUUGUCCACGAACAGACGCCUAGGAGCUCCAGUGAAUCCAGCAUGGUGAGCACGUUCGGAGAGGCGACUGUUGGCGACUUUAAUGACGACACCGAGUGUCUGAUACGCAUCGACCAGUCAAAACCUUCAAAUUCUGAACCCUGUGGCAGGAUUUGGGAGCAGCUGAAACGGCGUUCGAGCUUCCAGGUGCUGCCCACGAUGGACAACCAGAGAAAAUCUGCUGGGGCGACGAGGGAAUUGAACCAUCCUGCCUUCCAGAAUAUUCGUGUGUGCCUGACUGAAAGUACAAACGGGGUCCAGCAACCGACCACCGUGGUGACGCUGUCGAAGCUGAUUUCGCCGCAGGCUAUGCAACAGUGCUUGCAGUUCAUUUACACGGGCAGCUUAGAUAAACGUUAUCACGAUCUGCAAACAGCUCCUAUCGGGCUCUUACUGGAGAUCAGACAAGCUGCCGAGUUUCUAGAACUGCCCCAAUUGCUGAUGGUGCUAGGGACGUUGCAGUCUAGAGAGUUCAAUAACGAACUUAAUAACAGGUACAAGCAAGUGGUGAGACAACGACUAGAGGACAUCUGUCUGGAACAAGGACUCUUCGCUGACGUGGUGUUCGACUUGGACGAUGGAAGCGUGCCAGCUCACAAAGCGAUUCUCACUGCCCGCUGCGAUGUAAUGAAAGCCAUGUUCUCCGGCGACUUCCGUGAAAGUAGCGCGAAAGUAAUAGUGUUUCCUGGAGUACGCGAGUAUACGUUCCACAAGCUGCUAUGCUACCUCUACACAGACGAGGUGCCAGCAAUUUCUUCCGGCAGGUGUUUGAACCUCUUAGAACUGGCCAAUCGGCUGUGUCUACAACGACUGGUAAACUUAGUCGAGAGCAGGGUAAUCGAAGAUCUAGAAAGGUUGUCUCAGAAUGAGGGGAAUGAAGCGGUGGAGAAUUGUCUGAGACUGCUGGAACCCUGCAAGUUGCACAAUGCUGAUCAGUUGGCGGAUUGGUGCAUGAAUCACUUGUGCGUUAACUACAACAAGCUCUGCAAGAUGUCUCCCAGGAGCGUCCGCCUUCUUCAUCCGGAAAACCAAGAGUACCUGAACGAGCAUCGAUGGCCUCCAGUAUGGUACCUGAAAGACUACGACUACUAUCAAAAAUGCUUGGCGGAACGGGACCGCGAAAGCAAACCCACCCUGAAGAGGAACCGCAACCAGUCCGGCUGCUUGUGCUUCUCUGGCUCCAGCAAAACGAGAAGAGAGAGUAGCGGAAAUGGCGGCACAGCGUCAUCAGCCUCGAAUGACCCGCAGGCCGAGCGACCUCUGUUCGAUUCGUCGAUAGAAUCCGGUGAACAGGUUGUAUGACAACAGCCUAGCGGCUUAAGCCGCUCCGUCAGAUUCAUUCUGAUCCUACCCGUGCUCAUGGUCUUCAUAUGCACCAUUUUUACUAUUUUGAUACUGCUACAGAUUUAUACUUAAGGGACAUUUAAGCAAAAAAAAAAAGAACACCGACGAAACGAUAUAUGCACAUGAUACCCCGAUAAUCAGAAAGUCGCCCGACCCUGAUACCGGGGCCUCCUCUAUCAAUAUUUGUCGCACGUGACCGGAUACCCUUAGCUGGCGCACGUUCUUUACCUCGGAGAAGUCGGGCGGUAGAUUUUCUACGAGUCGAAAACGCGACGACUGUUCCUUGGGAACUGGUGUAUUUUUUCUAUGUGAACAUCCUCCGCGCUGUCGUUGGGACGAUGAUGCACGGCGCUAUUGUCUUUCGAAGGGACUUCUCACACGGGCGUCCAUCGUUUUUUAAAACGAAACAAGCUGGUGCCUUUUGUUGACGACACGUCUUUGCCACUAAAGCGACCCCCAUAAAAAGGUGCAGCGUUGCCACCUGAACGAAAAAAAAGAAGUUUCACUUGUUUGAUCUGUUGAGUCGUUCGGACGUAGAGACAGGAGUCCUCGGAGUGACUUACACACACAUUCGUCGACUUUAAUCAAGCAGAGAGAAUUUUUUAUACUUUGGAUGCUGGUCCUCCUCGAGGCUUCCCUGGUCGGGUUUCUCGCGAUCAAUAAUGCUGGUGACUUUAAACGACACGCCCCGUCCUCUUGGAGAAAUUUUUAAACGUAUCGAAAACUAUUUCCAGUCCAUCCUGAGUUCGAAGGAGUCAUCUAUAAGAUCGCAGCCGCUGUUUAUGCAACCCGACGUGCAAGCGAGCAUGUCUGGUUACCUGUCGAAGGGGCUACUUCCAUAGGCGCGGGAACGUUGCGGUGAUUAAAUUAAUGCGUCGCCACAUCUUCCCUGAAAGGCAAAACAAUUAAAAUCUCGAGCAUUAUUGACCAAUCUAGCGGGUAUAGACGUUGCCAGUUCCUUUUGCCCAUGGUUUUCGAUUAAUUUCACUGGAAACAAGCAAGGAGAAUUACGGUGAAAAUCAAUUUUAAUUCGUGACGUCCGAAAUGGAGCGAACGAUUCCCAUCAGACGAUAAAGAUCGUCGUACUUUUAUCGAUGCGUAUUAGACUGAAGAAAACGAGCAAUAGUCUUAGCCGGUAGUAAUGCGUAAAAAUUACGUCUGUAUAACGAUACCCAAAAAAUGGUACCGUUUGUUAGUCGUGUAAGGAAACAUCAGACGUUGUAACGUUUUUAUUGUCAUUUGCACGAUAUUCGAUGUCGGGCCUUGCUUCAACCAUUCUGUUCUCCCUACCACACGACCGAGGUUACAAUUCCUUCGAGUGCUAGGAGACUUCUCGUAUUUGUACCAUUUUGUAACGAUCUACGGAAACACUAUUGUCGAUUACCUUUAAGUAUGGACGGGUGCAAGUUUAUCGGGUGCAAACAAGAUAUAGGACCAUAAAUAGAGAUACAUUCGUCUUCUUCGUCUAAUUUUUAUACUGGGUAGCGUUAAUUCGUCGUUUGUCUCUUAAAAAUAUUCUAUUCUUUGCUUCAAUUGUCUCAGAACUUACGGACCACAAUUCGAAAUCUCUAACGCAUCUUCGAUAAUGAACAAUACAUUGUAUAGAUGGCUAAGUCACUCCUCUAUCUCGUUUGCAAAUGGAAACUGGGGAUUGUCUAAUAGUGCAACAUAUCGAUCACGGUAAACGAUUACUACUAGAAUGACUAAUUCUGGUAAUAAUAAUUAUUUACCCAGAUUACAAGAGAAAGGGACAGAGAGAGAGGGAGAGAGAAGAUUUAUCAUGAGUCUACUAAUGUUCAUAGGAUAUAGCGCGAAGCUUAAUCAGAUGUAUCUCCAUGUAAAAGUUAUUCUACACAUACCGUGUCUCGCAUUAUCUCGACGAAUUCUAUUUUCUAAGUGCACAAAAUUGGUACCCGCAUCUCUGAAGAAACGUAACCUCGCGUUUUAAAGGGCCGGUCGUGAUAAUGUUCUCGGAAGGACAGGGAUGUGACCUGUAACGUUAGCGUUCGGUAACUAAACGGUGUUUAAUCAUUUGAUACUUGUAGUUCAUUCCUUCGCCGCAGUUGUGAGCGCGUGAGAUCGGUUAAUGCUGGAGCUCUUACUAUUCGAACUUGUUUUUGUAUACUCAAAAAUACUGGAACUUCAAUUUGAAUAGUCGAGCACUCAAAUUAAAAUCUGAGCAUACGUUCGAAUACAUAGAUUUCACUUGAGUGUGUAUCCGAGUACUCAAGUUCGGAUGAGAAUCAUGGUAAGAACUCUAGUCAAUACAUUCAUUGUUGCAAUAUGGAAGAAUGCUUGAGAGACAGUGAGAAUGGGAGACACAGCGAAGGAGAAAAAAAGAUCUGUGAAUCAAUUUUAAUGCAACACGCGGAGUAUGCAAAAGACAUGUGUAACUGUUAUGCUGCCAUAACUACUUUUACACUGUGUAAUCUGUGUAAUAAGCGAGCGAGUAGUGAUGGGUACGACAUUCUCAAACAACUCGAACAAUUAUGAAAAAAACCUUUCCUAUCAUCUGCCCGCCACUUUGUAAUUCGUCGAAGAUCCGGUAGACAGCGGUGAGACGAUAACAGAGAAGGACGAAAAAUUGUGUCCGUUUAUUUAAUCGACUUGGAUCACCUAUCGAACCCAUCGCUACUUUUACGAAAGAAACAAUACUACACGUACUGUCGUAAGAUGCGUUACUGCCUGAAAUUCUCCAACGGAAACGACGUAUGCAGGAUGUCCGUUUUGGCGAGGGUGAGAAUAACGUCCCACUUGUACGCUACGUCAAUUUCGAUGUCAAUGUUGUCCUUCGUCGCUCGUGAAUGUAUAUUUUGUACUGACAUUGGUAACCGUAGAAUUAAGGAUACGAAGACAGACACAUAGAGCGAUAGAGAAUCGAUGAUGUUUCAAUUUCAUGUGCAUUUUAGACGCGAUCGCGAUGAGAGUACGUUGAGAAAAGGCGUUUGCGGGCGACAGAAUUCCCUUUUUCAUGAGAUAUAUCGUAUACGUCGAAGGAUAUUUGUGUGUAUAGGCGCAUUUGGGGAAACAAGGAUUUUGCCGCCUCUUCAAAGUACUUAGGUGCGUUCUUCAUUAUUUUCUUGUUUGAAUUUAUCUAGCCUUUCCGCGCUCGCAAGGCCUCCAAUCCUAACUCGACGCGUUCACGACAUCUGUUCUCGAAUCGUGCAAACUGAUCGAUCUGUAGAAAGUACUUGCAAUGUGUUGCCAGCUCGGUCGGUAAUAAGUAACUUGGUCUCGUUAAGAAUUUAAGCAUAGCUUAAGUCGUUUCAAACAUUAUAAGAUUGUCAAAGCAUUUCGUAUUCCGUGGCCGACGAGUAAAACGUUCAGCUAUGACAAAUGGGAAUAUUCGUCAUACGGUUACAUUCAAUUGUUUCGACGUGCAACGUUUCCUCCGUAGCGUCGCAUUUUGUCGAUCCUCGUUAACAUCGUGUUACCAAUUCGAAGCGCGGUAACGAUUUGCCAGCCAAUGAAGACGAAGACACAACCGCGACUUUAUGCAGGAAAUACUGUAUUCGAACGGUGAUGCGAUUAACGCACUGAUUAACGCGGGUAAGAUUUAUAUUUCACGCAUUCGAUUAUUCCGUUUGCUUCGAUUAUACUCGACAACCGCGAACAAGUUGUCUUUUUUCGAAUACAAUUUCAAAUUUGAAUACGUAUUACAUUAAUAAUGACCGAUAAA